AUGGUAGCCACCAAGAGGGUUAAACAUUCAGGCUCAUACUACGGUGCACCACAACGCAAGAUUAAAAUGGCAGACACCGGUUUCAAACUCUCCAACGUCCAGGGCGACAUCCUCGUUGGCCUCUCCAAGAAGACAGAAGUCUUCUUCUUCUUCCAGAUCACCAAUGCGGAUGCAUUCAAGUCUGAGCUCAAGAAUGUUGUUCCACUGAUCACUACUGCGGACAAAGCGACUGGUGAGAAAGAGGCUAUUCGCGCGUUCAAGGCGGAGAAGCACGUGCGGAUCAAUGGCGUAGAUGGAUCCAACGGCGGCACCAACGAGCUUGGGGAGAUCACAGCUGACCCCCCGCUACUUUCCGUUGUAGGGGUCAACAUCGCAUUCUCGCAGAAGGGUCUUAUUGCCGUAAGUCAGGUUCGUCCUGGAAAAUUGUGGUAUGUCUGA